UUGAUCGAGAGAAGUACUAGCGGCCGUCGCGUGGUGGUCUAGCCGUGAUAUCGACGCGUAAGUCCCCGAGGCGACUCGACCAUACCCGCCUGUCCAUCCCCCGACCCUCAACGUUUUCCCGUGUACUGUUGGGGUGUUAUUGUCUUAACGGUUGUGUGCGUGAACAUACAAUUUGUGAAAACAAGCGAGAUUCGACAAAAAGUAAUUCGGCCCGGUUGGCAACAUCGAGCAACGACCAUAUACAGUCCUACCGUACACAGCAGCAGGGGUUCGCAGCAGGACAGGGGGGCCAGAAUAAAGCAGGAAGGGCAGACAGCAGGGGGGCAAAGCCGACGAUAAUCAUUCACCUCAACGAGACAUCCUGCUAACAGUGCAAUACCAAACAUCGUAAUCUUUUUUUAAAGUUAUGCCGUGAUUCCUAAUGUAGUUUCUACCUAAUAGUGGAACAUUAAAGUCACUCAGCCAGAAGACUAUGGAAACUGAGUUCAGAAUUUCCAGGGAGCUGUUAUUCACAGCUUGUUGGGAGUUUCAGAGUUAAUCAUGAAAACUAAGCACAAAAAGUCCAAGAAUAAAUCUGCACAAUCAAAGAACAAAGUUGUAAUCCGUAACUAUGACGAGACCCCCAUGAAGUUCCGCUCCAAGAUAGACCCACUGAAUCUCGAGGAACACAAGUUGGAAUUCCUACAACACGGUCACAUCUCGCAAUUUCAGUUCAAGACAUUCCAUGAUGAUUCAACUGGUAGCAAAGAUGGUCAGAUCAAAUUUGAUCUCCUUCCUGAGGCUACCCGCAUCCUUGAGAUGGUUCGGGAGGAGUUUGGGUGCGGAGAUCGUUAUAUAGAGCAAGCAUUUGGGCCAAGGAUUGAAGUAGAGGAGGCAUCUAAUCUGAUCGCUAGUUACCUGAAAGAAAGUGGAUCUGAAGGAAUGAUGACCGUCAGUUGGAGCAAGGAUCUGUCAUGCAGUGGUCAGAUGUGUUGGCAUGGUCCUUCUCUUCGAUAUAACCGGCCUGAGGCAAGGAAGUACUCCAUGUGGAUCAAGAACUCUAAAGAUAAUCUGUAUCUUCGCAAGCAUGGAAUCCGCUGUCUAGCAAACCAUGAAAUUGCAACACACUUUUAUCGAUCAUUGAAUGAUGGCCUACAACCUUGGUUUUCACAUCGUCAGAGGUUUGGUCUUGGCAGCUUGAGCAGUUAUACGUUAACAGAAUCAGAAGAGGGCUUAGCAUCGAUCAACACAAUGUUAGAAGCAAAUCAGAAGUAUCUCUACUUUCAAGCUUUGACAUAUUAUGUGGCGUGCAAAGCAACAGAGCUAACAUUUCAAGAGUUAUUUGAUCAUCUUGGCCAAUACGUUGUCGACCAGGAGCUUAGAUGGAAGUAUGUCAUGAGAGUAAAACGCUGCUUGCAGGAUCCGGGCAGUGUAGGGGGUUAUGGAAAAGACCAAUGCUACUUUGCAGGUGCUGUGGACAUUCUUCGUAAUAUUGACACUACAGAUUUCCAUCUGAUGUAUGCCGGCAAGAUCAGCAGAGAGGAGAUACCUCGGAUCAAACGUCUGGCUCGUCUUGAUUUCAUCAAGCUGCCAAUAUUCCUUCAGAAUAUGGAGUCCUACCGAAAACAGCUUAGACAUAUAGCUGUUGUCAAUGGACUCAUUCAGAUCAAAUCUGUUGGAAAAUCUAGCCAGAAAUCCUCACAGAUGAGUAAGUUUGGCAAAAAGAAAGUUCCUCGACCUCCUUCAGCAAUGUCUCACAGCUUACAGGAAAAUUCAGAUAAAGAUGUUCGCUGUGCAUCACAGACUUCAUCAAGGUACACCCCGUCAUCAAGACAUUCUACCAAGACAAAGUCUAACACUAAACAUGCCAACAAGAGCAGUAGUUGCCGCACAAAGAAGCAACCAUCUCAGAGAUCAGUAUCACCACUGAGUGAAUCAGAAAGCAAAACGGUCGUCAAGAUGAUUUACAUCACUAAGGAGGAUAAGAAAGAGAAAGACAAGAAGCUAUCAUGGUGGUCGUCUAGAUCCCCAUCUCCUGUAAAUGGUAAUGUACCAAGUGAGGAUAGGAUGACUGCCGUUAGCCCGGUGCCAUAUUCACCUCACCGAUGGCUGCUAAGGAGACGUAAUAGAACAUCACCCAAUACUUUAGGGAGAGUUAAUGAAACCAAAGAUAAUGCUAGGUCUACCUCACAACAUCCUCUUUUAAAGAUAUGACUUCUCACAGUUUCAAAACCUAUGUAGUUUCUAUGUCAUUCUGUAGUCAAAUUGGAUGUAACAACUUUUCUCACAACUAUUUCUCUCAGUGAUGCUGAUUGCUGAGAUGGUAUGUCAACUCCUUAGUUUCAGUAAGUUGUCUUGGCAACAAAUCAACACAUUCCACACAAUCAGUGGACUAGGCAAGACAAGUAUUUCUUGUAUAGUCAGAUUGCGUUAACUUGUUCUCAAGAACCUGUCUUGCUAUUUAUUCUGGAUUUAUUCUCCUAUUUAUUCUCUCAACAUUUCAAUCAGUACGCCUAUGCUCUGAUCAUCUUCAAGGCAUGUGUAAAAAUGCCUGCCACGACUUGUAGGAUUUGAGACUUUGGCAACUUCUUCAAGCCUUUUUUAUAUUUAUUUCUUUACUUCAGAAAUUUUUUGGCACCACAUCUUUUAAUUUUCUCUAAUUUGAUUCAAAAAUUUUGUUUCUGUACAUUGUCUUUGUUAACAUCCUUUGAGCAUAGAGAAAGGUAGUCUAACCUAACUCCAUGCUUUAACAAGCAAUACAUUCUUCAAGUUAAUUUCUGAUACUCAGGAUGUUUUUGUACUGAUGUAAAGCAAUCAAUUUACCAUACUGUUAUGUUAUGAUUAUUUUAUCACAAUAUUAAUUUAAGUUUCUACUGCAGUAAAAGCAGGGCCCAGUUUAAUAGAGCUGGUUCAACAGACAAAGGUGCUUUAGAAGCAGCUCUAUGAAAUUGGACUCCAUAGAGCUGUUCCAUAGAGAUGUAUCUAUAGUGAACACAUUUGUCAUUUAGAAGCAGAAAAAUCCACGCAAUACAUAUUGAUUGGCAUAUUUACAUUUUGUGCAGAUAUUUUGUUUUGCGAUUGUGUUGGUGUAUUUCAAGGUUGGACUGCGACUGAGGAUUAUUCUUUAUAUGGGAUCAGGCAGGGUGUCGAGUUACCAUAUGGUGUUGGGUUAUGUUAGAAUAAAUCACUCAUGGGUGAUAAGGGCUGGCAUACCACCAUAAUCAGAGUCCAACAGUUUGGGUGCUGAGUUACCAUAUGGUGUUGGGUUUUGUUAGAGUGUGGAAGGAUCUUAAUAAAUCACUCAUGAGAUCAGGCUUACCACCAUAAUCAGAGUCCAACAGUUUGGCUGCUGAGUUACCAUAAUGGUGUAUGGUUUUGUUAGAGUGUGGAAGGAUCUUAAUAAAUCACUCAUGGGAUCAGGCAAACCACCAUAAUCAGAGUCCAACAGUUUGGCUGCUGAGUUACCAUAUGGUGUAUGGUUUUGUUAGAGUGUGGAAGUAUCCUAGUAAAUCACUCAUGAGAUCAGGCUUACCACCAUAAUCAGAGUCUAACUGUUUGGCUGCUGAGUUACCAUAUGGUGUAUGGUUUUGUUAGAGUGUGGAAGUAUCCUAGUAAAUCACUCAUGAGAUCAGGCUUACCACCAUAAUCAGAGUCCAACAGUUUGGCUGCUGAGUUACCAUAUGGUGUAUGGUUUUGUAAGAGUGUGGAAGUAUCCUAGUAAAUCACUCAUGAGAUCAGGCUUACCACCAUAAUCAGAGUCCAACAGUUUGGCUGCUGAGUUACCAUAUGGUGUAUGGUUUUGUUAGAGUGUGGAAGGAUCUUAAUAAAUCACUCAUGGGAUCAGACAUCCCACUAUAAUCAGAGUCUAACUGUUUGGCUGCUGAGUUACCAUAUGGUGUAUGGUUUUGUUAGAGUGUGGAAGUAUCCUAGUAAAUCACUCAUGAGAUCAGGCUUACCACCAUAAUCAGAGUCUAACUGUUUGGCUGCUGAGUUACCAUAUGGUGUAUGGUUUUGUUAGAGUGUGGAAGUAUCCUAGUAAAUCACUCAUGAGAUCAGGCUUACCACCAUAAUCAGAGUCCAACAGUUUGGCUGCUGAGUUACCAUAUGGUGUAUGGUUUUGUUAGAGUGUGGAAGUAUCCUAGUAAAUCACUCAUGAGAUCAGGCUUACCACCAUAAUCAGAGUCCAACAGUUUGGCUGCUGAGUUACCAUAUGGUGUAUGGUUUUGUUAGAGUGUGGAAGGAUCUUAAUAAAUCACUCAUGGGAUCAGACAUCCCACUAUAAUCAGAGUCUAACUGUUUGGCUGCUGAGUUACCAUAUGGUGUAUGGUUUUGUUAGAGUGUGGAAGUAUCCUAGUAAAUCACUCAUGAGAUCAGGCUUACCACCAUAAUCAGAGUCUAACUGUUUGGCUGUUGAGUUACCAUAUGGUGUAUGGUUUUGUUAGAGUGUGGAAGGAUCCUAGUAAAUCACUCGUGGGAUCAGGCAAACCACCAUACUCAGAGUCCAACAGUUUGGGUGCUGAGUUUACCAUAUGAAAUACCAGAAUGUUUAUUCCUUCAUCUUGGGGCGAUGUUUCUGUUUAUCGUGUCACUAGAAAAUGUAUAUUUUGUCUUUUAACUAAACCUAUUGAAUCGUGAAGUGUGUGAAUUCAAAUUAUACAUUCUGUACUCUCUUAGCCAUCGGGUCAGCUAUAAGCUUACAUUAACUUAUUGGAAAAUUAAAAAGAAAUUCUAGAUUUUUUUUUUUGAUAGCUCAUAUUUAGAUUAGUCAAUUUUUGUCUUUUCAUCUGCUUUGAAUAUCCGUUGAAUCUUGCCUAAAAUAUUAUUUAUAACUAAAUUAGAAAAUAGCAUUUGCUGUUGCAAACUGUUUACCAACCGAGAGGAUCUGUGGUAUAAAUGUAAACACAAUAGCAGAGUCUUUCUAUAAUUAGAUAAUAAUACAUGCAGUGUGUGUGAUAUUAAACAAGUCAGGUUAUUCUAAGGUUUCUAGUUGGUAAUAAGUUGCAAGGCCUCUUUGAGGAAAUUUACUUAUCUUGCUGUUUAAUUUUGACUAAUUUUGUUCUUCAAAUGAAGAUAGAAACCCACACUUUGGGAAGUAAGGUUAAAGGCAGUGGACACUAAUGGUAAUUACUCAAAAUAAUUAUUGUCAUAAAACCUUUCUUCAUUACGA